ACGGUGUGGACGGGUCAGGAGCGUAGAGGCGGCGGCAAAAUGGCGGCGCCGGAGGAGCGGGAUCUAACCCAGGAGCAGACAGAGAAGCUGCUGCAGUUUCAGGAUCUGACUGGCAUAGAAUCUAUGGAUCAAUGCCGCCAUACCUUGGAACAGCAUAACUGGAACAUAGAGAAAAUACUUAUGCUGGUAUGGUGGUGCAUAAUUCUGUGCACUUGCCAGGCUGCUGUACAAGACAGACUGAAUGAACAAGAGGGCGUACCAAGUGUUUUCAACCCACCUCCAUCCCGACCCCUACAGGUUAAUACAGCUGAUCACAGGAUCUACAGCUAUGUUGUCUCAAGACCACAACCAAGGGGGCUGCUCGGAUGGGGAUAUUACUUGAUAAUGCUUCCAUUCCGGUUUACCUAUUAUACAAUACUUGAUAUAUUUAGGUUUGCUCUUCGUUUUAUACGGCCUGACCCUCGCAGCCGGGUCACUGACCCCGUUGGGGACAUUGUUUCAUUUAUGCACUCUUUUGAAGAGAAAUAUGGGAGGGCACACCCUGUCUUCUACCAGGGAACGUACAGCCAGGCACUUAAUGACGCCAAGCGAGAGCUUCGCUUUCUUCUCGUUUAUCUUCAUGGAGACGACCACCAGGAUUCAGAUGAGUUUUGUCGCAAUACACUCUGUGCACCUGAAGUUAUUUCACUCAUAAAUACUAGGAUGCUUUUCUGGGCGUGUUCUACAAACAAGCCUGAAGGAUACAGGGUUUCACAGGCUUUACGAGAGAAUACCUAUCCAUUCCUGGCCAUGAUUAUGCUGAAGGAUCGGAGGAUGACAGUGGUGGGACGGUUAGAAGGCCUCAUUCAACCUGAUGACCUCAUCAACCAGCUGACAUUUAUUAUGGAUGCAAACCAGACAUACCUGGUGUCAGAAAGACUAGAAAGAGAAGAAAGGAACCAGACCCAAGUGCUACGACAGCAGCAGGAUGAGGCAUACUUAGCCUCUCUCAGGGCUGACCAGGAGAAAGAAAGAAAGAAACGGGAGGAGCGGGAGCGGAAGCGGCGGAAGGAGGAGGAGGUCCAGCAGCAGAAGCUGGCAGAGGAGCGGCGGCGGCAGAACCUACAAGAGGAAAAGGAAAGGAAGUUGGAGUGCCUGCCUCCUGAGCCUUCUGCCAAUGACCCUGAAAGUGUCAAGAUCAUUUUCAAAUUACCCAAUGAUACCCGAGUAGAGAGACGAUUCCACUCCUCACAGUCUCUAACAGUAAUCCACGACUUCUUAUUCUCCUUGAAGGAAAGUCCUGAAAAGUUUCAGAUUGAAGCCAACUUUCCCCGGCGGGUACUGCCCUGUGUUCCCUCAGAGGAAUGGCCCAACCCCCCUACGCUACAGGAGGCAGGACUCAGCCACACAGAAGUUCUCUUUGUUCAGGACCUAACAGACGAAUGACACUUUUUCUUCUUCUCCCCUCCCACACCCCAAUCCCUAAAAGAGAUGGAAAAAACAAAAACAGAAAACAAAAAAGAGAGAUAUUCAUAUUAUUAUUAUAAUACAAUAUUUUUUUUAAAAGACUGCUGCAUCCUAAGGAAGGAUCAGAAACCAUGCUGCCUGCAAGAGUGACGACCUGUGUGCGUUCAAGGCUAGCAAUGAAAGUACCCGCUCCACCUCCUUGCCACGCGCCUUCCAGCGGACGGAGACUUCACCUCCAGCGUAUCCACUGUUCCAGCUGGGGUAGGGGACAUUCCCACUAGUUUUAUUCAUUCUUACUUUUAUGGAAAAUAAAAGUGAAAAACCUCCAUCAACCAGCUACAACAGCAUCUCCUGAAGACUUCCUCCUUCCACCUUUUAAAAAGAGGGGGAAGAGAAAGCACAGAAUAGAGAUGUUCCUUGAACUGCCCUAUGAAUAAUUUUGUUUCUGUUGCUUUGAAAUGACCAAAGGAAUGAGGCUGACAUAGAUGUAUUUUUUUUCCCUUAACUUUAUCUCAUAAAGAGCCAAUUCCUAAACCCAUGAGUUUAUGCCAUGGGCUCUUUGGCCCACAGUAGUGUAAUAAAGGUGCCCAGGCUGGUUUGUGCUGAUUUCUGCCAUUGCGCCUCUCCUGUUCCAGAGAGGUUAUCUUGGUCCAAUCUUUGCUGUCUUUUCUUACCCCAGUGUACCCCACUUGGACCAGUAGAAGGAAAUCUGAGUUUGUAGCCUCUGAAAGGCUAUGUACACAGAUUAUACUUAUAUAUGUGGUGGACACCCACCUUUACACACAGCUGCAGUUUUCCUUGGAACUGUACCAGGUGGCGGUGAAGGGGUUUGAACGAAAGGACAGCAGUUCUUCAUUCCUCUUCUGACAUGUGCAUGCUGUGCAGCUUUCCCUCAACUGCCACGCUUGCUGCCUUUGCAAAGUGCAAGUAGGACCAGCAGUGGGGCCAGCAGAACCAUCUAAGGAUGGCUUCUUUGCCUGUCUCAGUCACUGUGUUUUAAGAAUGGAAAAAAAUCAGAACCUUUGAAGGGAAACAAGAUGGUCACAUUUCACUUUUUAACGUAACAAUCUGUCAGAAGCAUUGUUUUCUCCCGCCCUGUUGUUUUGAAGUAAUAAGAUGUUCUUUUUUUUUUUUUUUUUUUAAUAGGUUAUUUUUUUUUUUUUUUUUUCAUCUCAAUGUCUGGUCUGUGGUUGAGUUAUGGUGAUAUGUACAUGGGUCAGGUCAUGUAUUAACAGAUACCAGUGUAUGCUUACAAGUAUUCCAGAGAGUCCCACAGUUAGACUGGCACAAGGCUCACAUUCUGCAGCCUCUGGAAAUCACUGUAGUUGCUAGCAUGCUGUGAAGGUAAGGGGAUUCAAGUGAAGAUACAGCAUAACUUGCUAAAUUUGUCAUCUACAGAGGCUUUCUCCUAUUUAAAACCUAAAUACCACUCUGGUAGCAGUAAUAUACUCACUGUUCUCUGUGGCCUCAGUUGUUGCCAGGUAGAUCCAUGUGGCAGGAGGCACCU